AUGGAACUACUUAAUAAGGCACAAAGUUUGUUGGAGUCUUUUCCUCCGGAUUAUGAAGAAGCUGGCAAACUUUUUGAGAUGGCAUAUAAUACUGAACCCAAAAAUAGUUUAAUCUUGUCAAAUUAUGCAGAGUAUCUGCUAUUGGUAGGAGAGAUAGAUCGUGCGAAAGAAAUGUUGCAGACGAGCAUAACUAUAAAUCCUUAUGAUGACUAUAUAAAGUACUUUAGUUUAGCUCAGCUGCUAGAUGGGGAAGAGUCAAUGGAUACAUGGAAGAAAGGAAUAUGUAUUCUUGAUGAGAAAAUGAAGAAUGAAAACGAUAAAGAUAAUAUUAAUAGGUUUAAGUCGCAAAUGUGUAGUGCUUUAACAGCUAUAGCAGAGCUCUACAUGACUGACUUGUGUGAUCUGAGUGAUGCUGAAGAACAAGUUAAAUGGUGUAUUGAUUUGGCUCUAAGCUAUGAGAAAGAUAAUUUUGAAACAUUAUGCUGCCAAUUAAGCUACUUUAAAACAAUAAAUGAUAGAGAUAACAGUAAGAUUUUAGUACAACAUCUGAAGGAUAUAUUAUAUAAUAAGUUAGGUUUAAAAAGGAAAUCUAUAGACAAGUCUAUAAUUAUUGGUAAUAUAGAGAAUUGUAAUGACGCUAAAACUCCUGAUUUCCAAUUCCGUUUGAACCUUUGUAGAACACUUAUUGAUUUGGGUGAAACAGAAUUCGCAGAAGACAUAUUAGAUUCAUUGCUAGAAGAAGAUGAAGAAGAUUGGCAAGUUUGGUAUAUUUUAGCAUGGUGUUGUCUAGUUGGAUCCAAUAUUGAAGGAGCUAAAGAAGCUGUAGAAUUAUGCAAAAAAUUUUCUUCCAAAUAUAUUAUUGACCCUGAAGUGAUUUCCCAGGUACAAGAGGAUAUUCAUAAUCUUGUAACCAAUAUUGAAAAUAAUGAAAAUUACUUGAAAGGUACUAAUUGA